AUGGAUCCAUCAUUGUGGCCUUUCAAGUUUCAACUGAUAGGUUGGUUAUUUUUGGUGCAUUUUCAGGAUCCUGUAGCUCCCUUACCAAGAACUGAUGGUCAUUCCUUUUUCAACCAAGCUUGGCGGCAUGAUUCUCCUGUGGUUUUCGAUAGUCCGUCCGAGAAAGGAAUCCCUGUCAUUAUUACAUGGAAUUAUGGUGGUAAUAAUGUGGCCGUGGAAGGUUCUUGGGACAAUUGGAGAUUAAGGAAGACACUGCAGAGAUCAGGUAAGGACCACUCAAUUCUUUUGGUCCUUCCAUCCGGCGUAUACCAUUACAAGUUCAUUGUCGAUGGUGAAUGGAGAUAUACACCCGAUCUGCCUUUUGUAUCUGAUGAAAUGGGCCACGUCUGUAAUCUUCUUGAUGUUCAUGACUCUGUACCUGAAAAUCUAGAUAGUGUAGCUGAGUUCGAGGCUCCGGCAUCUCCAAAUUCCAGUUAUGGUCAGGCAUUUCCAACCGAAGAAGAUUUUGUGAAGGAGCCUGCUGUAGUCACAUCCCAGCUACAUUUAACCGUCCUCGAGACAGACAACCAUGAUGGAGCAUCAUCCUCGAAGCCUCAACAUGUUGUACUUAACUACCUUUUCAUAGAGAAAGUAUGGGCAUCUCAGUCUGCUGUUGCCCUCGGAUUGACCCAUAGGUUCGAGUCCAAGUACGUGACUGUUGUAUUCCAUAAGCCACUCAAAAGGUAAUACCUGCUUCCCCAUGCUUGACUCUGUAAAGAAACCAAAGUAACUUUCACAUUUGUUGAAGGUACCUUGUUUUAUAGA